GGGGAACUGGUAUUUUACGACAUUUUUAAAAAACCUUUUGCGGCAAAUAGAGCUGGAACUAGAGGGCAGGGCGAUUGCUCCGGAAACAUCUGUUCGUGGGAACGACUGAGUACGAGCUGCUGAACCCGACAACAUGGCAGCCAUUCCUGUCCCAUGGUCCACCUCAGCUAAAGUAUUCGCCAUCAGCUUCGUAGUGGCCUUCGUCGCUUUCUUCAUCCUGCACUACCAAGAGAUGCGCCAAAAACUCGAACAAGAAGCGUUUGAGAAGGCCGUGAAAGACUUUUCAGAGAAUUGGCACUGAUGACUUUGCAAGGCGGGUAGCAUCACUGUAAGAUAAGUUUGCAUCUGUACAAACAGAAGAGAGUUAAGUGUACAUAGGUACCAUGGAUGAACGUUGUUUCCCUAACCCCUAUGCUGACUACAGCGCAGGCUCUGUACAGUUGUUAGAACCGGAUGGAAAGCUCCACGCCGGUCUAGCUGGCAGGAUCCGUGCAGCCCUGCCAGGCUUGCUGAAACAGGUGGAGGAUGGGCAGAGAUCGGAGUCUGGCCACGACUACUCCAUCUACACAGGCAGCACGGGGAUCUCCCUCCUCUACCUGCACCUGGCGCAGGUGUUUAAGGAUGACGGCUAUCUCAAGAAGGCGCUGGACUGGGUCCAGCCGGGACUGAAGCACCUGAAGCGGAAGAGGCUGACGUUCCUGUGCGGAGACGCGGGUCCCCUGGCCGUAGGUGCCGUGGUGUAUCACAGACUGGGGCUUAAGGAGGCGCAGGACAGCUGUCUGUCCAAGUUACAGGCGCUCGGUCCUGACGCCCUGAACCUGCGGUCAGACCUGCCAGACGAGCUGCUGUACGGCCGAGCAGGCUACCUGUACGCGCUGAGGUUCGUUAGGAAGAACAUCGGCGAUCACGCGGUGGAUGAGAAGCUAGUGGAUAAAGUAGCGCAGGCGAUAGUGUCGUCCGGACAAGCUCUAUCUAAACAAGAGAAGUCCAGCAGUCCUCUGAAGUACAUGUGGCAUGGUAAGCACUACGUGGGGGCAGCUCACGGGAUGGCGGGGAUCUACUAUCAGCUCAUGCAGACUCAGUCCGCCGCAUCCCAGGCCGCCCUGCCCGGUCUGGUCAAGCCGAGCGUCGACUAUCUGCGGAAGCUGCAGUUCCCGUCUGGAAACUACCCGUCCUCUCUGGGGAACACGUCGGACAGGUUGGUCCACUGGUGUCACGGAGCCCCGGGAGCCAUCUACAUGCUGAUGGCGGCCUACCAGGUGUUCCGGGACCAGACGUACCUGGACGAAGCCAAACGUUGUGCCGAGGUCAUCUGGCGGCGCGGCCUGCUGAAGAAAGGUUACGGCAUCUGCCACGGAGCUGCCGGGAACGGCUACGCCUUCCUGUCCAUGUACAGACUGACAAACGACGAGGUGUACCUGUACAGAGCGGUCAAGUUCGCGGAGUGGUGUCUGGACUACGGGAAACAUGGAUGCCGCGUGCCGGACAGGCCCUUCUCGCUGUUUGAAGGCCUGGCAGGAGCUGCCUACUUCUUGGCAGACGUUCUGAAUCCCGGGUUGGCACGAUUCCCCGCGUUCGAGCUGUAACACGAACCUAUGUAGGACUAUCAACUGCAAUAAGCUGGAUCACAGUCUGGACUGUGCAUUCACCAAUUUCACACUUCCCAUAAUGCCUAGUAAAAGUCACGGAUAUGGAUGGGAUAUGACGUAAGAAGGGGAUAUACGUAAUG